AUGCUACGAUUCAUAUCUCUCUUGUUUCUCUUCGUUGCCUCGUUAUCCUCCUCCGCAUUUGUCCAUCCUGGCAUUUUACACACGGAGGAGGACUUUGUCCGCAUCAGAGAGAAAGUUAAUGCACAAGAAGAGCCCUGGUACACUGGAUGGACCACGCUGACGGCCAAUAGUCACGCCCAGGUGACUUACACCAUGCGUGGACCUCGCUCUGUCGUCGUUCGCGGCACGAAUUCUGCUGAUGGCUCCCAGAACUAUGUGUUACUUUACAACGAUAUCGCUGCCGCUUAUCAGCUGGCCGUCCGUUGGCGCGUCUCGAAUGAUACGAGCUAUGCCGACAGAGCGGUCGCCAUCCUUGAUGCAUGGUCGAGCACGCUCACAAGGAUCGGUGGAUCGUCAGACAAAUUUUUGGCUUCCGGAAUAUAUGGUUAUCAGUUCGCGAACGCAGCUGAGCUGAUGCGCGACUAUUCUGGCUGGCCGGCGGCCAACUUGACGCGUUUCCAGAACAUGAUGGCUGAUGUCUUCUACCCUAUGAACUAUAAUUUCUUGGAGAAUCAUAAUGGGGCAGCGUGGUACCAUUAUCGAGCCAACUGGGAUAUCUGCAACAUGGCAUCUGCGUUAUCCAUUGCAAUUUUAAACGAUAAUCAGACCAUGUUCGAUUAUGCUAUAAAUUCAUUCACUACGAACGUUGGAACGGGGAACAUCGGGAAUGCGAUCUGGGUUAUUCAUACAGAGGAGGGCAGUGGGAAACGUUUGGGGCAGAACGAAGAAGCUGGGCGAGACCAAGGACAUGCGACGCUUGAUUUUGCGCUAUGGGGUGCCUAUGCACAAGCUGCGUACAAUCAAGGCGAGGAUCUUUUUGCUUAUAAUGACAGUCAAAUCCUUGCAGGAGCCGAGUAUGUUGCAAAGUACAAUGUCGGCUUCGAUGUUCCGUACACUCCCCACGUCAACAGAGAUUACAACGAAACAGUCAUUUCUGCAUCUAGUAGAGGCUCGAUAAGGCCUUCGUGGGAGCUGUUGUACGCUCAUUAUAGCUCUUUAAAGGGCCUGAAUGCGUCUUGGACAGAACAGAUGCGUGACUUGGUGUUGAACUCGUCCACGAACGGCGUUGAAGGUGGCGGAGGUAACUACGGGGCUAAUUCGGGUGGCUAUGACCAACUGGGAUUCGGGACAUUGUUACAUCGCCUAGAGGUGAGGAAUACUUGA